GUACGAAGUUCAAGAGUCGACAGAUUCACGUUCCUUACAACCAGAACCUCUCAUAUACCAUAUAAUUGCGCCUGGUUCAUCAUGGCUUCCUCAAUUCCCCGCUCCUUUCUGCGUUCCUUCACACCAGUUGUGCGGUCACGCCGUACUACAGUCAUCGCACAAUCGACGAUGAACAGCUUCCGGGGCUAUGCGACCCCUGCCAGCGAGCAACCUCGGGUCAGGCUGGGAAGUAUAGCGCCCAAUUUCCAAGCGAAGACCACGUAUGGCGAUAUCGACUUCCACAAAUACAUAGAGGGAUCGUGGGCGAUUCUAUUCAGUCACCCUGCCGAUUUUACUCCCGUGUGCACGACAGAGCUCGGAGCGUUUGCGAAGUUGAAGGACGAAUUCGAGAAACGUGGUGUGAAGAUGAUCGGUCUCAGUGCCAACGACCUUACCAGUCACGACAAAUGGAUCAAAGACAUCAAUCAGGUAUCGCAGAGCAAUUUGCAGUUUCCAAUCAUUGCAGACGCCGAUCGAAAGGUGGCGUUCUUGUACGAUAUGGUGGACCAACAAGACUUGACCAACAUCGACGAGAAAGGCAUUGCCUUCACAAUUAGAGCUGUGUUCAUUAUCGAUCCGGCAAAGAAGGUUCGGUUGACCAUGCUCUACCCUGCAUCCGUUGGCCGAAACACUUCUGAAGUCCUCCGGGUCAUCGACAGUUUGCAGCUUGGUGACAAGAAGGGAGUCACGACCCCGAUUGAUUGGCAAGUCGGAGACGAUGUGAUCGUGCCGCCCACGGUGUCUACUGAAGCUGCAAAGCAGAAGUUUACCGAUGUUAAAGAAGUGCUCCCAUACCUCAGGUACACGAGUGGAAACAUUAAAUAGCAUGGGAUGAUCUGGAAGAAUAGAACGACAAUCUGCAGCACAUAGAUCGUCCAGUUAUUGGUCCAAAAGCAUCGUCUCCCCGUGCAAACACCACUCAACUUUGCAUCACUUCAACUGUUCCCUUAACGGUUUGCUGCAUGCCCAUCGUACACUAUCAUUACCCGUGACGGGAGCGUAGGUACGUUUGUUUGUAAGGUCGAUGGCGCCACCGUGCGCGCAAAGUGAGUACCUUGAUGAUUUCAUUCCGUCCGCAUUAUCUUGAUGGGAAUAUGACAUCGCUAAAGGGCACGUACCCCAACUUUGAUCGUCUGUCACUCACCC